AAGCACCACCACCAAGUCAGGUCCACCCUUUCAUUUCAUCGACACUCCAACACGCAACGCAUAAAAAUAAGGCUAACCAAAACCUCGUGAACCAACCCAACUCCAACCCCACUUGCCUCCUUCCCUCUCUCUCGGCCUAACCCCAACUACUUCUCUCUCUUCCUGUUCUUCCUUUUCCACCAAAACACUUUGCUAACCUCACCCCCCAAUUUUUACCAAAAUUCCCAUUCUAGCUGAGGAAUGGCCCCCGACCAAGACGACGCCGUUCUGCCCGAAGGGGACCUCUCCUCCUCCUCCCAAGACGACGAGGAAGAAGACGACGUCGUCGACGACGACGAGGAAGAAGAUGACGUCGACGAUGACGACGACGUCCUAAAUGAUGAUGUCAUCAACUCUGCCUCCCCUUCCACCUCUUCCGCCGGCGCCACCGACUCUCUCCCCGUCGCCAUCGCUACUCCCACCGUCACCGUCGCCCUGCCCGCUCGGGACCCCCCUCCCUUGGCUCUGGCCACUACAACCUCCACCGCAACUACCGUAAUCGCCAACGACGCCGUAUUGUCAUCCGAUCCCAAACGACAUGCCGUUCUGUCCCCCCAGCCCGAAGAGAAGAAGCCGGCGGCCCUCGCCGACUCUCGGCGACUCUCCCAGAGGCGCUGGAACCGCCGGCACGGCAACAAAGGCUCGCACCACGGCCAAAACGACACCGCCUUGUUCUACGACCAGAUCAAGUCCAAGCUCCAGCUUGACUUCAACAAGAACCAGCUCGUCGAGAAGCUCCGGAGGCUGAAGAAGAAGUACCGGAACGUCCUCAACAAAAUCGCCAGCGGCAAAGAGGUUAGCUUCAAGAGCCCUCACGAUCAAGCCACGUUCGAGAUCUCCCGCAAGAUCUGGAGCAAUAUCGGCCGUAUCGGCCCUGACGAUAACGCCUUGGACGAUGAAGAUCCGAGCCCUAACCCUAACAAUCCCAAUUUCAACAAUUAUGAGAUUAAGAACGAGGAGGCUGCUGGUUUCGCCGGCGAUAAGAAGUCCACGCCGAGAUCGCGCAAGCGCUCGCGAACGCAGCUUAGAGCCGAAGAAAAACCGCCACCGUCCCGUGGAGGUUUCGUUGAGCCAUCGCUUGUAAUUAAAGAUAAUAACAACAGCAUUAAUAACAGUAACCAUGGUGGUGGUGGUAAUAGUUGCAGCAAUUGUAAUGUUCACGGGUUGAUUGAGGAGACGGUGAAGAGUUGUUUGUCUCCGUUGUUCAAGGAAUUGUUGAGUAGUGCAAUGGGCGGCGGGUCAGCUAGAGGGUUCGGAGGGUUGUCAUUGAAUCCUAUUCCAUUGAGCUUCGGCGGGCCGUCCAUGAAUUUGAAUUUUGGUGGUGGUGAAGGGGCAGAUGAGAAGUGGAGGAAGCAGCAGAUAUUGGAGUUGGAGGUAUACUCCAAGCGAUUGGAGUUGGUUCAAAAUCAGAUAAAAGUUGCAUUGGAGGAGUUACGAUCCAGCCGAGGCUGAUGAAUCCAUGGGGGCUUCAGAUUGAAGGUUGGCAUUUCUAGUAAGUUGUGGGACUUUCCUCGAAUCUUGAAUUUUUUGUUCAUAUAAAUUUGCUUGGUCUCUGAUCAAAUGGUUGAUAGUGCAGCUGGUGUUCGCAUUUUCGAAUUUUCGUCUUUGUUGGUUUCAUAGAACAGUUGUUGAAUAAUUAUUUUCUGAUGAUUGUUUAGUCUUUUGAUAGUUUUGUUCAUACGCUUUAGAUAUGUGUAGAUAGUUGAUGAAAUAAUUUAUAGAUGAGAAAAUUUUCGUUUCCUUACUGUAUCUUGAUGUACGUUAUAUGUUUUUUGACAAAAAAUUGAUCAAGUCAGCCACUUUAUUUAUUGCGUUUGAUUGUAAUCAUGUGUUAAAAAUAUGGAGAUUUCAUUUACGGGA